AUGUCUCAUUUGAACCUCUUCCCUUCCUUGUUGCGUAAGGCCGCGCCAUGGACCUGCCGGAGCUGCCACCAACAGCAGCGCCAACAGCUGGCCUCGUGGCGAGGGUUUAGCCAUACCGCAAAGUACAGGGUAAACUCGGUUUCCAAGCGCAGACGCAGGAUUGUUCUCACCGCGGCGGGAGGCACCAUCGCUGCCAGCGCAGUCGCUCUUAGCGAUGAUGCGAAGCAUGCGGUAACGGCUGUCCGGCGCACCACCAGCGUGGUCUCUACGUUAGCGGUCUGCGUAAACGACUACCGGAUAACGCUAAAACACGAGGACGACGAGGACUAUCAGGCACAGCUCAGGGCAUGCCACAAGCGAUGCGCCGACCGGACGUUCGUUGCCAUGGAAAAGAACGGCUCGAUAUUCAUAAAGCUCGGCCAGCAUCUCAGCAGUCUCAACUACCUAUUACCGAGCGAGUGGUGUGAAACAUUUAUACCCUUACAAGACAAGUGUCCCGUGUCAUCAUAUGGGUCUAUCGAAGCGAUGGUACAGCAGGACAUGGGACAGUCGCUGUCUGACCUCUUCUCCGAAUUUGAGCCACUACCGAUAGGGGCGGCAUCGCUGGCGCAGGUACACAGGGCAGUGAUGAAGGAGACCGGGCAGAGGGUAGCUGUAAAGGUCCAGCACCCGUCGCUUGACGAAUGGGCACCUCUCGAUUUGGCCCUUACGAGGCUCACAUUUGCGACGCUCAAGAGGUUCUUCCCGGAGUACGACCUUACGUGGCUGGCCGAGGAGUUGGAAGUCUCACUACCUCAGGAACUGGACUUUCAUCUAGAAGCGGAGAACGCUAUCCGGGCGCGCAACUAUUUCAAGAGCAUCAAGAACGUGCCCCUAAUCAUUCCCGACGUCAUGUGGGCAAGGCGACGCAUCCUCGUCAUGGAAUACCAGACCGGUGCGCGACCUGACGACCUGGCGUAUCUGGACUCGCACGGUAUCGACCGAGACGAGGUUUCCGCAGCGCUCGCCCGCAUCUUCAACGAGAUGAUCUUUGGGACACACGCGCCUCUGCACUGCGACCCGCAUGGCGGCAACAUCGCCAUACGCCACAACCCCUCGCGGCGUGGAAAGGGCAAUUUCGACGUCAUUCUUUAUGACCAUGGCCUGUAUCGCGAUAUCCCUAUCGACCUGCGGCGAUCGUAUGCCAAGCUUUGGCUGGCGGUUCUCGAUGCGGAUGAGCCGCGCAUGCGUAGAUAUGCGUACGAAGUGGCUGGCAUCGGAGACGAGCAUUUCCCUUUGUUCGCGAGCGCGAUCACGGGUCGGGACUACAACGUUGUGAGGCGAAGCGUAGCAUCACAGAGGACACAGGAAGAGAAAGAAAUGAUCUCGGACGCGCUUGGCGAGGGCAUGCUGGCGGAAUUAGUGCAAUUGCUUGCGCAGAUGCCACGGGUUAUGCUUCUCAUCUUGAAGACGAACGACUUAACACGCUCGCUAGACGAGAAUCUCCACACGCGCCAAGGCCCUGUCCGAACAUUCAUGAUUCUAGCCCGUUACGCUUCUCGCACUGUCUACGAGGAGCAAAUGGAGUCUCUCCGUGGAAGCAUUAUUUGGCCGACUAAUUUUAUCCACUUCUUUCGCGCUUGGGUCACCUACAUGCGGGUAGAGCUUAAGCUAAGUUUGUACGAAUGGGGGCUCGAAGCAAGGAGAUUGCUAGGCACGAAGCCAGUGAUUUGA